UCAAAGGAUAAAUAUGGGAGGCAACAGGUUAGAUGGGACAAUCCAAGCCAACAUUUGCAAUUUGAAUGAUUUAUAUUUUUUGGCAUUGAACAAUAACAAGCUUUCAGGGAGGAUACCAAGCUGCCUGGGAAAUCUUUCUUCACUCACACAAUUAUAUCUAGGUUCCAAUCAAUUUUUUUCUAGUUUGCCACCAUCCUUAUGGUUGAAUAAUAAAAUCCAAGUUCUAGAUUUGUCUUCAAAUCAUCUCAGUGGCUCUAUAUCUCUCAAUGUCAGUUUGUUGAGUAGUAUUACAGACUUAUUUCUAUCAUCAAAUCAGUUCACUGGUGAGAUUCCAAGCACUUUAGGACAGCUACAACAUUUAGUAAAUCUUACAUUGUCAGUAAACAUGUUACAUGGUCAUAUACCUAGAUCAUUUGGUAGCUUAGCAGGCCUAGAAUACUUGGAUCUUUCACAGAAUAAUCUUUCUGGUGUGAUUCCCUUGUCUAUGGAGAAACUUCAGUAUCUUAUCUAUUUAAAUGUGUCUUUCAAUCAUCUUACCGGGAAAAUACCUGAUGGGGGACUUUUCAGAAACUUCUCUACUCAAUCUUUUAUGGGUAAUGAUGCUUUAUGUGGGUUGCAGCUUAGAGCUUGUGAAAGUCCUGAACAUGGGGAGUCAAGAAAAGUGAGAAGUUUGUUAAAGUAUGUUCUGCCAACACUUGCACUAAUACUACUUGUAGCCAUUUUUGUGAUUGUGGCAUUAAGAUUGCGAAGCAAAAACACAAAGUUCCAAGAUGGAACUAGUCUAGAGCCUCAUCAUUUCAUGCGCAAGAGGAUCUCGUACUAUGAUAUGCUCCGGGCAACAGACAACUUUGAUGAAAGUAAUUUGAUUGGCAAUGGAAGUUAUGGUUCAGUGUACAAGGCGAAAUUUGCUGAUGGAGUGAUUGCUGCUGUGAAGGUGUUUAACUUGGAUUCGCGGGGUGCAUUCAAGAGCUUUGAUUCAGAGUGCAAAGCAAUGCGUGACAUUCGCCACAGGAAUCUUGUUAAGGUCAUUGGCGUUUGCUCCAACCUAGAUGUUAAAGCCUUGGUUCUUGAAUACAUGCCAAAUGGAAACCUAGAAAGGUGGCUUUACAGCUUCAACCAUUGCCUGGAUUUUGUUAAAAGACUGGAAAUCAUGUUAGAUGUGGCAUCUGCACUAGAGUAUCUGCAUCAUAAUUAUUUGCACCCUAUAGUGCACUAUGACUUGAAGCCCAACAAUGUCCUUUUAGAUGAAGACAUGGUUGCACAUUUAGGUGACUUUGGCAUAGCCAAAAUCUUAACCCUACAUAAUCAGGCUGCACAAACAGAUACAUUAGGCACCAUUGGGUACAUGGCACCAGAGUAUGGAGCAGUCGGAAUAGUUUCUGCAAUGGGGGAUGUUUAUAGCUAUGGGAUUCUUUUAGCGGAAACUUUUACAAGAAAGAAGCCCACAGAUGAAAUGUUCUCUGGAGAUCUAACAAUGGAAAGAUGGAUUUCCGAAUCAUUUCCUAGGAACAUUAUGCAAAGAGUGGAUGGCAAUUUGGUGGUGGAGGGUGAAGAGAAUUUUGCAGUGAAGCAAAUUUGCCUUAAAUCAAUCAUGGAGUUGGUUCUUCAAUGCACACAAGACUUGCCUGAGAAUAGAAUCAACAUGAAACAAGUAGUUGAUGCACUUAAGAAGAUCAUUUCCAAGUUCCACCAACAUUAAGCACCCUGUAAAUUACCUAUUAAUAAUUAAGUUUACUUCAUUAUAAAGGUUAUAAUGGCAUAUUUUUACA